GCACUGGCAACGAGGACUAGGACCGUCCCUGCUGUCCUCUACGCGUGCUCGCUUCCCUCGACCUGCGGCCUGCGGCUUUCCUGACACAGCACCCAGCACACAGCACACAGCAGCAGCUGUAGGCAGUGGCACUAUGCACGCAAAGCAGCGCAAAGCAAAGCAAAGCAAAGCAAAGCAAAGCAAAGCAAAGCAAGCGACUUUGCUCGCACACACACAAAACUGCCAUACGCACGCAACCCACAGACACAGACACAACCACAACCACAGCCGGCAUACGCACGCAAGCAACAAGCCAUUCCCACCCCUCUCCGACCCCUCCGACCGUUUCAUCGCCCUAGCCCUACCCAGCCUUAACCCGUCCUUUAGUCACGUCAGCACUCCCACACACCCACCGCACAGACGCCGCGACAACGGUCAUCCAUGUGGGGAGUGGGGUUGCGUCGUAUACGGCACGCUACGCUACGUACCGCCUAGGUAGCAUUGAUGCGCACCACCGCCCAGCAAGAAAAUUUUUAGCUUUAGAGUUUUUCUCUUCGUUAAUCUAUCU